GUUUCCUCUUCCCAAGUUCCGGCAACAAUGGAUCCGGAGGCUUUUAUGGCAAUGGUUGCUAAAGAUGCUGAAGAGCGUGCUGCUCGUCGCGCCAAGAGCCGGCAGUCUGCUGCUAAGCUCAAGGAACGUGCCAAUACAUUUUACAAAGUUGGGGACUGGCAGCGAGCCAUUGACCUGUACAGUCAAGCAAUCGAGGUCUGUCGCGACUGGAACGUUCUCUACAGCAAUCGUGCGCAAGCUAAGUUAUUGUAA